AUGUUACUUCGGACAGCAGUCGUGUCUUCUCUGGCCCUCCUAGCCAUGGCCGAGACAGGAAUUGAUGGCUGGCUUCGCUAUAAGAAGCUACCAUACAAAACCGCAGACAACUUCAAGACUCCGAAGAGCAUUAUCACACUCAAUGCCUCUCAAUCCAGCCCCGUCUACACUGCUGGCACCGAGUUACAAGACGCCUUCGCCGGUAUCUUUGGCGAGCAAAUCCCGCGUAGAUUCAAGGGUUGCAACCAAAAGAACACCAUAAUUGUCGGCACUCUUGACGCCUAUCAUGACGCUUGUGGCAAAGAACAUCUCCCUGAAUUUCCCGAGGAAGAUGGGUUCUGGCUAAGUAUCAAAGGUGCAUCCGUCAAGAUCGUCGGCCAAAAUGAGAGGGGCGCACUCUACGGUGCCUUUGAAUACGCAUCCAUGCUUUCCCAAGCCAACUUCUCAGACAUCUCCUACGUCUCCAAUCCGGCCAACGCUAUCCGAUGGACCAACGAGUGGGAUAACAUGGAUGGUACCAUUGAACGUGGCUAUGGAGGCAAAUCCAUCUUCUUCGCAGAAAACAAGACCAUGCCUGACAGGGCCCGCGUGAAGCAGUACGGUCGGUUACUUGCAUCAAUACGUAUAAACGGUGCCAUCCUGACAAACGUCAACGCCAACCCCAUCACCCUGAAACCGGACAACAUUCGUGGACUUGGCAAAAUCGCGGCUAUACUAAAGCCGUACGGCGUGCAGAUUGGCCUUGCGCUCAACUUUGCUUCCCCGCAGCUUUUGGGUGGGCUAUCGACGUUCGAUCCGCUAGAGCCAUCUGUUAUCUCCUGGUGGGAAGACGUCACAAACAAGAUCUAUCAUGAGAUUCCAAACUUUGCAGGAUACCUUGUCAAGGCGAACUCAGAAGGACAACCAGGACCACUCACCUACAACCGCACGCUGGCCCAGGGAGCUAAUCUCUUCGGCGAUGUCCUCAAACCGCAUGGAGGAAUCGUCCUAUUCCGCACGUUUGUGUAUGAGAUGCUUAAUAUCACCGACUGGAAAGCAGAUCGUUCUGCAGAAGCGUACAACGCGUUCCAGGGUCUCGAUGGAAAGUUCCAUGAUAAUAUUGUCCUCCAAAUGAAGUACGGUCCACUUGAUUUCCAAGUCCGGGAACCUGCACAUCCCUUAUUUGGGUACUUCAAGAACGCCAACGCUGGUAUUGAGCUCCAGAUCGCACAAGAGUAUCUGGGACAGCAAGCGCAUACGGUCUACUUGGCUCCUCUCUGGAAAGAGAUAUUAGAUACUGAUCUUCGUGUUGAUGAUGAGCCAUCGUUUGUGCGAGACAUCAUCUCGGGGAAGCGGUUCAAGCGUCGCAUCGGAGCGUUUUCGGGCGUAGCGAAUGUGGGGAUGAGUCAGACGUGGACUGGUAGCCAUCUCUCCAUGUCCAACCUUUACGCGUUUGGCCGCUUGGCCUGGGACCCAACCGAUGAUCCCGAAGUAAUUAUCAAAUCAUGGAGCCAUCUGACUUUCGGUCUUCAUCCCCAAGUCACAGAUAUCGUCACGCGCAUCGCCAUGGAAUCGUGGCCAGCAUAUCUGAACUACAGUAGUGGAGACCUGGGACUGCCAACCCUUACAGAUGUCACGAAUAACCACUUCGGGCCGAAUGUUCGUGCUGGCGAUGACAACCCUUAUGGCAUUUGGACUCGUUCUGAUUCAUUCUCUAUCGGUAUGGAUCGGACUGUGUCGAACGGUACAGGCUUCUCUGGUCAAUACCCCCCCGCACUUGCGAAGAAAUUCGAACACAUAGAAACCACACCGACAAACAUGAUCUUAUGGUAUCACCACGUCAACUACACACACAAGCUUCCAACUGGAAAAACGGUAAUCCAACAUAUGUACGAUGCUCAUUAUGCUGGGGCCGAAACGGCGCAUACUUUUCCGAAGAUUUGGAUGGGAGCUCAAAGAUAUGUUGAUGAAGAACGCUUCAAGUCUGUACUUUUCCAGCUCACUUUCCAAGCCGGCCAUUCGAUCGUAUGGAGAGACUCUAUAGUGGACUAUUAUCACAACCUUACAGGGAUCCCUGAUGAAGCAGGACGUGCUGGACACCAUCCAUGGCGCAUAGAAGCCGAGGCCAUGUCUUACAGCGGAUACAAGACGGCCGUGUUGGACCCUAUUGAGUCUGCCUCUAAUGCCACUGUACUCGAAACAAUCGGUAGCAGUACAGUAGCUACGGCGAGUACAAAACUUGACUUUGAGCCUGGGAGAUAUGACAUCGCAGUCGUAUACUUUGAUAUUCUUGGUGGGACUUCGCAGUGGGAAGCGUACCUGAACGGCAAACUGUUGGGGAAGUGGGUUGGCAAUUUGGAAACAACUCUCAGUCGCGCAGCAACGACAGAACCAGAUGGUGCCUCCAAAGCGCGUAUCACGUUCCCAAACGUGCAGAUUAAGCAAGGGGAUAUCUUCAAGGUCGUAGGAAAGGCGGACGGCGCGGAAUUGGCACCUCUUGACUUUGUAGCAUUCCUUCCCCAGGGAAUUAUCGAUUGAUAGGGCAUGAGAAUCAAAUCACUGAACAAUGCAAGGCAGUUAGAUUAAUGAAUCACAUUAUCGUGCUCAUAUGCCACAGAAGUGUUUUCCUGCCAUACUCAUGCCCAAGACCAUUUCAACCUCGCCAGG